AUGAUGAAUCUGCCGAUGGGCAGCCAAACGAGCUUCCAAGAUACACGCCAGACGAGCUUGCUGACAUGAAUGAGAGGACUCUCAAGGGCGAGAUUGCGGCUCUUGAAGAGAAGACUCAAAAUGUCAACGUCGACCUUGGUGUUCUUGCUGAGUACCGAAGACGAGUGGAAGAGCACGCCGCUCGUGCCUCAGAUCUCCAGACUGCUAUUGAGCAGCGAGAUUCUGCCAAGAAGCGAUGCGACGACCUGCGCCGUCUACGCUUGGAAGGUUUCAUGGAAGGUUUCAGCGCCAUUUCCCUCCGACUCAAGGAAAUGUAUCAGAUGAUCACCAUGGGUGGAAACGCUGAGCUUGAACUCGUCGACAGUUUAGAUCCCUUCAGCGAAGGUAUUCUCUUCAGUGUCAUGCCCCCCAAGAAGAGCUGGAAGAACAUCAGCAAUCUUUCCGGUGGUGAAAAGACACUCAGCAGUUUGGCCCUCGUUUUUGCUCUGCAUCACUACAAGCCUACUCCUCUGUAUGUCAUGGACGAGAUCGAUGCCGCGCUGGAUUUCAGAAACGUCUCGAUCGUCGCAAACUACAUCAAGGAGCGUACCAAGAACGCCCAGUUCAUCGUCAUCUCGCUGCGCAACAACAUGUUUGAGCUUGCGGCGCGGUUGGUGGGCGUGUACAAGGUCAAUCAUAUGACCAAGAGUGUUACUAUUGAGAACAGGGACUACAUCGCGAGACCGCAGUCGCAGCAGCGGACGCAGGUUGGGGGUAAUACAACGAUAUUGCCGUUUCGGUAAGGGAUGAGAGGGCUUGUAUAUGACGAUGAUGAUGAAUAUGGAUAUGGCUUUGGCGGGUAUUUUAAUGAUAUGGAGGCUAGAUUUAUGAUAUAUCCAAUGUUUGGUGUUU